AUGCCGGGCGAUGCUACGGAGACCGCCAGCAAUGUCUUUAACGAAUAUGCACACGACACCGGCAAACGGGAGGGCAAGCCUACUAAUGGUCUAGUCCGCUACGUGCUCAGCGCUUGUGGCCUAGGCUGCUGGUGGGAGGCGGUGGCGGACUACUUCGUGGUCGCGAAGCGCGGCGACUUUACUCUCAUUGCCGAGCAUGAAAACAACUUCCAUAGAGUCACCGGGCAAAAAGCCGCGCAAUUAAUCAAGGAGCCUCCUCAGGCGAUCCGUCACCUGCAGAGCAAAAUUAUCGUCAUCUUUUACCAGGCGCGCCUAGAGACAUCUCAGCCUAUGCAAUAUGAGUGCAACCUUGUCGACACCGAGAAGUCGUUAAGCAUUAGACAGUCAUUGAGCACUGUGUUCUGUGCACUUGUUGCAGUGCUACCGAGCACGGAUGCGGAGUGUUUCCACCGGAAUAUUGUGUCGAGCUUCCCUCUGAGCCUCUUAACUCUCACUGCUAAGUAUAGGCCGCAAAGGCCGGUCCUAGUUCGCAGUGGACCGUCCGCCACCUUUUAA